GUAAUAUAUCUAUAGAUUUCACUCAUUGGGAGCAAAAAUGACAAUAUUGGCAAAUUUGAAAGCACUGCGCAGCUCGUAUAGUUUGGAUGUUGGUGGUGAUGUAGUUAUCGAAGUAUAAUAAAAGCCUUGCCGUUAUCACCAUUUAGAGAAAAUUGAUUUUGUAUUGUUUUAUUUAUUGAAAUCUGUAAGUAAAAAGGUGGAUGUAGUGUGUGCAUGCAGGACUAAUUUCCAUGAACACGAAGUAACAAGAGAAAGAAAAAGCAAAUAAAAGGAGACGAUUGCAGGGCUUACAGAUAGCUGCUGACAGCUAAUGUUUAAACAGUGACUGCAAACCAGGAGACUUUUUUAAUGUUGUGUGGAUAAAAGCUGCGUGGGUUCAGAUCGCGCAAGAUUUCGUUGCUGUUUAUACAAAUUGUUCUUUUCUUAUCAUUUUCUCAUAAACGUACAGAAUGCAAUUCAAUCUUUGUUGUUGUAUUUUCGACCCAAUUCAGAUUAUAGAACUAUCGCAGUAAAUAAGGUUGAUACUUUAAACUGAAAUUGUACAUUAAAGCAAUACUAAUGAUUCCAGAUGUGUCAACAGCAUCCCAGUAAUUGAGUAACAAAACAAAAUAUGUAACAACGCAUCAUAAAUUAAAAAACGUGUAUUGUAAAAUAGAGUAUUCCAGCGGUUUAUAUUGUAAAGCCUCCAGAUACGUCAAAACAAAGAAAAAUCCAAACUCCUAUGCUUUCUGCAGGUCGUAUGAGCAACAUGGAAGAAAUAGCCACACAAAAAAUAUUAUUUAUGGAACGAGAACUAAAUGGCCAAUAUAUUGUAAAGAUGAAAAGAAGGUCCAAAUAUGAGCAGAUGUCACAAAACUGUUGGAGUUAAAAAUCGUAAUGUGGUGUGGUAGCAUGAAUCAAAGAGGAUUACAUGACAAAAAUGUGUGUGCUGAUGCAGUCAGAAGUGAAACAAAUGUGGCAGACAUUUAAAACUGUACUGAGCUGUCACUCUAUGAGAUAAAGAGAUCAUUGUGCAUUAUGAGUUGCAGAAAAACUUUGGAUGAUCUUCCCUUGGAAGUUAUUACAGAAAUUCUUGUGUGCUUACCAGAUUCAGACCUUAUCACAUGUGUUUUGCAUAUUAACCCGUUAUGGAAACAAGCAGCACAGUGUCAGAGAGUGUGGUCUCAUAGAAAAUACCAAGUAUCUGAUGAAGCAAAAGAAGCAGAAAUUGUUGAAGUGGCUCAGAUAAUACCUCAGUUAACAACUCUGCAGUUUACUGACAUACCUGAUGGUUUUGAGGCAACUUAUAGUGAUGAAACAUUACAUAUAUCUUGCAGUUUAACUGCAAGGAAAGAAACGAUAAACUGUCUUCUUACAAAGUGCCUCAAUAUUACUAAGUUAUACCUCCCAAGCUUUUUGCUACAAAGAGAAGAUUUUGCUGAUAUGGUAGGUAGCAUGCAAAACCUAAAGUCCUUGUUUCCCGAGAGCACAAUAGGUUACAUUGAUUCAUCCCUUGUUUUGAAGCCCCUUGCUGAUGGUGCACCACAGCUGGAAGAAAUUGAUUUCUCUAAUCAAUAUUAUGAUAUUAAGGACAUAACAUACUUCAUGGACAAAAAGGGGCCACAGUUACACAGCCUUACUAUUAAUUGGUGUACAAAUGAUGAGAUUAGUGCAUUACCAUUACUAAAAAACUGCCAACAUUCUUUAAGAAAACUUGAAAUAUGUGUCAAUGGACAAGGUACAUUUGAAACUGCUGCAAUACUUAGCACCUUGAAGGACCUUUCUGCUCUUACAGACCUCCACUUUCAAGGAGUUGCUAAUAUUGAUGGAGUAGAAAUAACAUGUGCUCUUCUGACAUCAUCAUUUACACAACUGAGAAGCUUUAGUAUUACAUGUGCAUUUUACAUACAAGAUGAUGUCUUAUUAGCAUUGUGUACCUGUUGUCCUUUGCUUCAGGAAAUAAAGCUGAGAGACUCACGAUAUAUUACUGCUAGAGGCUUAGAACUAAUAGAAAAUUGCACAGAUUUGUUAAUACUCGAUCUAUCUGGAUGUGUGCGUAUCCAGGAGUUGGGUACUUUAGAAAAGUGCACAAAGUUAAAUGCACUUUUCUUAACUGACUGCUGGAGAUUACAGCCAUCAGCCUUGAUGGGUAUCUUGCAACUCAGUGAACUAAGAACACUCCGGAUUGAUUCAUGUUGUACAUUAGGGUUUCCAUUUAGCAACCUGAAGACUUAUUUACCUCAUCUUGAAUUUCUUGGAAUAAAUGCAUGUUAUGGAUCCACCUUGGAAGAGCUUGAAGAACUUCAAAAUUCAGCACCUGAACUUUUUAUUUCACUUGGUGAAGAUUAGAAAGCAAGCAGAUUAAUAUGAGCACUUCAGGUACACUGGAAGAAUAACAACUUGGAAAUCAUAUUUUCAAAACUCUUAAUGGUUUUCUUCUACUUGUCAUCCGAGUUUUUCACCAAGGAAAAACUUCAGCACCCAAAAUAUGAUUGAUUUUGUAUUAGUAGAGUUCCAAAAUUGCAAUGACACAAGGUCCUUUAUUUAAUGUUCCUAUUUCUUUAAUUUUCUGUCUUAGUUGUGCUUGUAUCUGAGGUAAAUUUAACUAUUUUCAUUAUGCCUAAUGACUAUUAACUCAAGUAUGAGUGAAACUAAGGCAGAAAAUUAAAGAAAUAUUAAUUUUGUAUUAAUUCAAUGUACACAACUUAAUACUGAAUACUCUUGUGUGCAUUGCCAUAUAUCCUUCAUUCUUUUACUGGAUGUACUUCUGCUUGCCGAGUGAGGUGCUUAAGCAUCUGGAAACAUCUCAUUGUGUGAGCUUAUUUUAGAAUGCAAACAGAAUGUUUUAUGAUAAAUAAAUAUUUUGGACUGUGAUAUAUCUGAAAUACAUUUAAAAAUGUAUUACUGAAUUUGUAAUAAAAAGUUUAUCAGGGUGCCAUACCCGGUCAAAACUCUCAA